CUGUGACCCGGAAGUUCUUUAAUCUUGUGACUCACCCCACCGGUUUCUGAGGGGGAGGGUAAGCCAUGACCGCUCCGACAUGGACUUCCGUGAUCCCUAUCAUCCUGUUCAGUGGGGCAACCACACUUACAGACGGAUCAGCGAUGUUCAUCCAAUAUCCACCCUCUACGGUCGAGGGUGGUCAGGGAGACGACAAACUUCUCUCCUUUGCUGCCAACGGCACUGAAGAACAUGAAUCUAUAGUAAUUCAGGGCCCAAACCCCAUUACGGGGUCAAAUAAGUUCGUGCCCGUCUAUGAGCUUGGAGCAGGAGAGGAAGAUCCACAUGAACCAUUCAAAGGCAAUUUCUCAGUUAGCAUUGCCUGGUUCAAUGGAAUCACAGUCGUCAACCUGACCAUACUCGAUUUUCAACUUGGAGAGGUUGGGUUAUACAAGCUAAGUGUGGGGUUCCACACAGGACCAGACAUAAACGUGACUAUGAAUGACCUGAAUGGUUCCGAUGAAGGCAUCACGAACAACACAGCUGCCACUGCUCUGAUGACCACGGGAAGCCAUGUCAACAACACGGGCUCCGCCUCAAGCGGAGGACUGCCGGGUGGGAGCAUUGCCGCCAUAGUGAUCGUGGUAGUGCUGCCCAUCAUCGCAAUUGUAGUAGCUGGUGGAUGCAUCUACAAACGGCGGAACGGCCGGCCUCCGCAAGUUCCUCCGCAGCGUUACGACCCUGUGCACAACGGUGGAAGAGAUCCUCAUGACAACAGGUUCAUGCAGGGCGAUCAGGGUGGCCGGCGGCAGUCCUUUGUAACCAUGUUUGACUCCCCAUAA